AUGGCGGAGCAGAUCUCAUCCUCGUUUCCCUCGAUUCUCGAGCCCAAUGGCUCCUCCCUAAAGGAUCCCUCCAACCUGGCACGCCCACAGCACUCCCGGAAGCGUGCCUCCUAUCCAGGCUACGGCGACCAGCGAGAUAACCCCCAAUGGAUAAACGCGGAAGAAGAGCGACCAUCGAGGCGUAGAGCUUCGCAUCCAGGGUAUUCUUCCCGGCCGAGUCGGAGUCGCAGGACUACUAGGGAUACCAGUCCCAUUGAGUCCAGUGGUAGCUCGCACCAGUCUACGAGGCUGAACCGGAUCCUUGAAGCCGACGAAAGCGAUCCGGAGGGGUCAAGAUCGUCGUCACGUCGGAGGCAGGCUGAUGAAUGGAGGAGCACGCAUAGAAAGCCGGUCCGGUCGAGAGUUGCCGUACAGCGAAAGGUCCCCGUGUUGACCAGUCAAUCGCUGCUGUCGGUUAUAUCGACGCUUACGAACACAUCGAACACGUCGAGCGGGAGCAACUCGACGGUCACGCAGAAGUCCUACAAUAAGACCGUCAGUUCUCGAAGGCGGCGAGACGGAGAGCAUGCCAUGGAGUCCGGACGAAGCUCCUCAACCCUGAACGAGGGCCAGCUUGCGGCGAUUCAACAAGGAAAGGAGCUCCACGUCUUCGAGUUCCUACAGCAAGUGUCGCCAGAGCCGGGCUCACCAACAUCGGUCGAUGGGAGCCAGUCGGCGGAGAAAGAGCAAGGCAUUGGAGAGCAGCACCACGUUCCUUACUUCUCCGCCGACCAGAUGCCUUCGCAGGAACUCAUGCGAUACAUGUAUAAACCCGGUCCCCCUGACCUCUCCCACUCCGACUCCGGCAUCUCAAUCCGCGGUUCAAGCCCAGAGCCCAACGAUGAAUCGCAAUCCCAACCAGACAAUAGCGAGAAGAAGCCCCGAUCGGCCUCCCACUCCCAAACCCUCACUCGCCGCUCCAGCAUCCGCUCCACCACCAGCAGCCGGCCCGCCGACCCCUCCGAAGACUCCCUUCGCCGCAACCUCGAAACCCGCGAACGCGAUGCCCUCCAACACCUCCAAAGCCCGCAACCCCAACGCACCUUUCGCCCUCCCACCACCGGCACCCCGUAUCCCCCCCCAAUGCCGCUGUACCCCCACGAGCCGCCCUAUGCUCCGCCGCACGCCCAUCCAUACGCCCACUACCCGCACAUGCCGUAUCCGCCCAUGACCCCCAUCUACCCCUCCAUCGCCCACCAACUCCAGCUCCCCAACCCCCCGAUCGCCAACCCCGAACCGCCCUUUGAUCCCUCCACGACAACCGUUACCGGCUAUGAGCUGCUCGCGGCGAAGCUCACUGUCGCAUCGCGACGCGUCGAGAGUGCCUACCCCACCGGAGACGACGAGCAACCAGCGGACGCGGGACUCACGCCUGUCUACCGCAAAUUCGAGGCGCUCAAUCACCGCAUCCUGCUGCACAUCCAGGAUGAGCUGAGCGAGCUCGAAGAGGAGCUACGAAUCCUGGACGAGCAUUGUGCGCAACUGAGCGCCCGGAGUGAGAAAGAAGGGGUGAAGCUACCGUCGUCGCGGAGGAUGGAGGGGAGUAGUCACAUCGAUUUGUAUCGGCGACGGACACUGCUGUUGGGGAGGGUGUUUGAGAAGUUAAAUCAGUACAACCAAGCCCUCGCAUCCUACAACAAAACCCGCGAUCGCUUUCAGCCUGCCGAGGAAGCCGACGUGUCGGCAUACAAAGCGUGGAUGGACAAGGAGGCGGCUGUUGAAAAAUCAGAAGUGCAGUUUCUCGAACAUCUUGAGGAUCUGGUGUCCCUGCGCUCUCGACAUAGACGCACGGCGCCCUCGCCAGUGGCGGUGCUGGUUUUUGGGCUGGUGUUUUUGGUGAUGGUGAUGUUUCUUGCCGUGCUUUCUCGUUGA